AUGACCACCAUCCUCGAGCAAGUCCAAAUACAGAACAACCCCGUCCUGGAUGCGAUGUACGCUCAACAAACAGCCAUGAAGACAGCCCAAAUGCCCGAAAAAAUGCGUGCUACUUCGACACAAGUAGCCACCCGCAAGCAAAUCAAAAACAAAAACCAAGUGAACGCGGACUGCAAUUGCUACGAGAGCGAGACCGUAGACUACCGCUCUUUUAUCCGAAAGCCCGAGUUCAUCAUCAACAUGGGCAGCUUCACAAUCCGCAAUCCCCUCCACAUGACCCCAGAGCAAUCCAAAUCGAACCUAAAAUACAAAGUCGCACGCGCAAAGAAGAACGCCAGACGCGCUUGCAAAGAUGCCCGGAAAGCCAACAAAGCUGCUCAAAAGGCCCGCGCCAAAUCUGACAAGAUCCACGACAGCGCCGUGCAGACUCGCAAGGAGAUACGGGACGCGAACGAGAUGGCGCAGACGGCUUGGAAGUCUGUUGAUGAGGCGAAUGCGGCACAUGCGCGGGUUAUGCAGUGGGCUGCGUUUGUGGAGAGGGAGGGAGAGGGUGUUGGGGAGUCGGCGAGGGGGGUUAGGGCGAAGGCUAGGUUUGCGGGUGAUGGGGUGGAGUAUUGUGAUCAUCGGUUUCGUUGA